UUGCUUGAUCGCUCCAUAUUGAACAACGACAAAAAAAAGGAAAAGAAAAAAAGAAGGGAGGGUGGAAAUGUUGCUCGUGCACUUCAGAUGCCAGAUCCGUUCCCCUGGAUGAAGAGAAAGGAAAGGAAGAAAAGGCGGCGGUGUGGGUGGGGGACCCCGAACACUUCAAUAAUUGCAAAAGGGAGUUGCUGGCGGGGGUGGGGAGGAAGGAAGCAGAAAAAAAUACCUCCCUCCCAAGUGAGGCAGCUGUUCCUGAACCUAAGACUUUGCAAGCGCGUGGAGCCAUGAUUGCUGGGUUGUGGGCUGCGUGCCGCCAAGGCGACGUUUUGUGCGUGUGUGCGUGAGUCUAGCGUGUGUGCAUGUGUGUGUGUGAUUGUGUGUAUGACUAGCAACCGCGUCUGCUUCAGCUCAAGCAAUGCCGCCGAUCUCCCGUUUGCAAAUAACAAUGUGGCAUUUUUGUCCUGCGGGGAGGCUCCGGAGUCCCCUUCUUUUUUUCCCUCCGCCGUCCUAGCAAGAUUGUUGUCUCUGAAAGGCGGAUCGGGUAGAGAGAGAGCGAGAGAGCGAGAGCGAGAGCUGGGGAGGGGAGGUGGAGGGGGGGGAGGAGAGAGAGAAACAAGCCCGGAGAUUAUAAAAGAAGGGGAAAAAGGACGAGGAGUGACUGCGUGUUUGGAAACAACAACAUCAACCAUCACCCACAACGACAACAAACAGGAGGGUAGUGAGAGGAAACCAGUUCAGAAGAAACUUAUGGAAGAAUGAAGGAGAUGGUGGGUGGCUGCUGCGUUUGUUCUGAUGAGCGGGGCUGGGCUGAAAACCCCCUGGUGUACUGUGAUGGGCAUGGCUGUAACGUGGCGGUGCAUCAAGCGUGCUAUGGAAUUGUUCAGGUUCCCACUGGACCGUGGUUUUGUCGAAAAUGUGAAUCCCAAGAAAGAGCCGCCAGGGUGAGGUGUGAGCUGUGUCCCCACAAGGAUGGAGCAUUGAAGCGGACUGAUAAUGGAGGCUGGGCCCAUGUCGUCUGCGCUCUGUACAUUCCCGAAGUGCAAUUUGCUAAUGUUCUCACCAUGGAGCCAAUCGUCCUCCAGUAUGUACCCCACGACCGGUUCAGCAAGACUUGCUACAUCUGUGAAGAGCAGGGCAGGGAGAGCAAAGCAGCCUCUGGAGCUUGCAUGACUUGCAACCGUCACGGCUGUCGGCAAGCCUUCCAUGUCACCUGUGCUCAGAUGGCUGGGCUCCUGUGUGAAGAAGAAGUCUUGGAAGUCGACAAUGUGAAAUACUGUGGCUACUGCAAGUACCACUUCAAUAAAAUGAAGACAUCGCGCCAUUCCGGAGGUGGCUCCUUCAUUGCUGGAAGAAGGAGCCGGUCGGUGUCACCUACUCAAGAGAAGCAUGUUUCCCACCACGAGAAACCAAAGAAGAGUCGGAAGGACAAGGAAAGGCCUAAACAGAAGCACAAGAAACAUUCGGAAUCACCCACAAGUCUCACACUGUCCUCCACUCCCAUUGUCACUGAAAAGCAGACUUCCACCAACCACCACGAGAGCAAUAAAGAAGCCGCAGAGGUCAUUCGGUCGGAAGUGAAAGGCAAGAAGUCUUCAAGCCAUGGCACAAGCCACAAGGCCAAGAAGUCAGGAAGUGGGAAAAGCUCGACGGGUUUUGGCACAUCCUCUUCCAGUGGGACAUUUCCACCUGCAGGUACCUCAUGCAGCUCCUUGCCCUUCUCCCAGGACUUUGUAACCUUCCCAAAGUUGGAGCAGCAGCAGCAGCAGCCAGAGGAAGAGAAAUACCGCAAGCCUGUCUCUUCCUCCUCGUCUUCCGCUCAUUGCUCCCCAUUGUACGAAGGGCAGAAAAACGACGUCUUUGAGCAGAAGGUGAUCUUCUCGGGUUUCGGCUCCAUCAUGCGCUUCUCCACUUCGGCCGUCAGCCAGCAGAGGGGGCAGGACGCUUCCCCCGUGGACUACAAGGUCUCCAACUCUAUUGGGGGCACCUCUGGCGGGAGUGGCGGCAGCAGUGGCAGCAGCCACAAACGGGUGCCGUCCCUCAACGUUGAGGAAGGAGAAGUCCUGAAGGAAAAAAAGCACAAGGCCAGCAAGAAAAGCAAGCAUGGGCCAGGGAGGCCCAAAGGGAGCAAGAACAAGGAAGUCCUGGGCGCCCAGCUGGUUGGGUCCACGGCUACGUCUUCUUCGCCCUUCUCCGGGGGGUCCCUGGUCAGCUCCAGCAUCGGAGGGUCCUCUAGGUCUUUCAGUCAUGCGGCUGCCCUUCCGAGCCUCAGUAUGGAAUCUCCGCUUCUGGGAUCAGGGAUCUAUACAAGUAACAAAGAUCCGAUUUCGCACGGAGGCGGGGUGCUCCGGACAGUGUGUAGCACUCCUCUUUCUUCCAGCCUCCUGGCUCAUCAAGGCACUUCGUCGCUUCCCCAGCUCACCCGCUCUCCCUUUGCUAGUGCCAUCCCAACUUCUUCUUCCGUCUCCACAACCCAGGUGUUCUCACUGGCGGGAUCUACGUUCAGUCUCCCUUCCUCACAUAUUUUUGGAAGCCCCCUUACUUCUGGGCUGUCAGUCAAUCCUCUGCUGAACCAAUCUGAAAGCAACCGGACAGAAGCAGAUUUGGAAGACUGUAAUUUUGUCUGCCGAGGGUCAUCACCACAAGAAAGUCUUUCUUCCAUGUCCCCCAUCAGCAGCCUCCCCACUCUCUUUGACCAGACAGUAUCAACGAGCAGCGGGCAGCUGGAAAACGUUCCCCAGGCUACGCCAAACAUUGAGCAGCUCCUGGAGAAACAGGGCAAUGGAGAAGCCGGUGUUAACAUUGUAGAAAUGCUCAAGGCCCUUCAUUCGCUGCAGAAAGAGAACCAGCGCCUCCAGGAACAGAUCAUGACUUUAGCGGCUAAGAAGGAGCGCCUGCAACUUCUCAAUGUCCAGCUCUCUGUCCCCUUCCCAGUGGUCACCACCAGCAAUGGCCCUGCAGGCCAGGCCCAGUACAUCCUGGCCGCCAAUGCAUGCAACAGCGACUCAUUGAGUAUCAGCAAGAGCCCUCCUUGCAAGAACAGCUUUGGCAUCGAAAACUCACUCUCCACUUCCUCUGAGGAUCCACACUCCGGCUGCCCCAGCAGAAGCAGCUCCUCCCUCUCCUUCCACAGCACGCCUCCCCCGCUGCCCUUGCUGCAGCAGAGCCCUGCCUCCCUCCCAAUGACGACUGGGGUGCAACAGCCGCCGCCAGUGAAUGGCUUGGCCAGGGCAAUGGGAACUGUCCAUGGGGGAGGCGCCCCUGCCAAUCACAGCCUGGUGGACGGUCUGCUCGGGAGCCUGGCAGGAGGGCAGCAGGUACCCAUCAACGGCAUCCUGGGAGGUCUGAAUGGAGCAGUGGCCACCCAGGCCCAGAAUCCCCUCUUGGUGCAAAGCAGUGGGCCCCCAAACCUGCAGCUCUCCAGCAGCCAAAGCAGCAUGGCCAGCACAAGCCACCUGACUGAGCAGCAGCAGCAGCUCCUCAGCCAGCACGAGCUCCAUCUCCAGCAGCUGCAGCAGCUCCUGACUUCGCAACCACUCAACCCGGAGCAGCAGGCUUUGGUAUUCCAAAUGAUUCAACAGAUUCAGCAAAAGAGGGAGCUGCAGCGGCUCCAGAUGGCCAGCUCCUCCCAGCUGUCCAUGACUGGCCUCGGGCCGGCUACCUCCACAUCCCUCCUCCACUCCAAUGCCCCUGCAGCUUCAGUUGCCAACAGCAACCUCCUGGCCUCCAUUUCCCCUCAGCAGCUUAAUCCAGCCAGUUCCUUGAUGGCUUCCCCAUCACUCAGCACCAGUGGGAACAGCCUGAUGUCAGCUGCAGCAGGGGCAACUAUCCCACCUGUCCUCGCCGCACAAACCAACCCUUUCCUCAACCUGCAAGGUGACAACAGCAGCCAGAAAGGAAUGGGCAUGAAUGAAAAGGGAGGUGCCCCAGUUCAGGACAAAGGUUAACUUGGGCGAUACUGGGCUGCUCUCUGCUAUAGGAAAGCAAUCUGUGCCUGAGCCACGGAUCCCGAGACGUAGAGCAACCACAUGCAAGACUUCAGAGGGAGUCUUCCUGCCAUGGGCAGAGCAGUGCCAAGCAAAGGUGAGCCAGGAGUCUACGUUCCUCGGUUCUGAGCACGUCGUACUGAACCCUUCCAAAGGAGGCAGGUUGAGCGAACAACACCCAGCUCCCUUGUCAGCUGUGUCUGUGAUGCUGCACUUAUUUCACAAGAUGUUGCACUCCCAAGGGGAAAUGGUGAAACGGUCUGCUAAUCAGAUACCUGAAGACAGCCCCCUCGAGGGUAGGAUCAACUAAUCGGACUGUGGCCACCUGGUCCUGGAAGAAAUACUAUCUUUGCAGAGCAGGGCAUUUUCUAAACCAGGGAUAAGGAAUCCAGCAAGGCGCAAGGUAGCGGAAAGGUCCAGCUGCGGCAACAGGGUGGAGCUUUUGAGGUCUCUGAUGCACAAGAGGUUGAGAUUCGGAAGGCGUUACUUGGAAACCCCACGCAAGAAUCCUGCAGUGAGAGCCUGGAGGUCUUCAGAAGUGCACACAGAUGAGCCUUUCUUAGCAUUUCUGCUGGGAGAAAAAGCCACUCGGUUCUCCCAAAUCUCCCACAGCCAGAGGUCUUAAACACUGACCUGAAGGAAACAACCCCUUGCUUUCAUGUUUGAGUAUGACCCUUCUCUUCCAUACCCUUCAGGAGGCUUUGUUAGGUGCCCUGCAGUUAACAAGGCCAUUGCAAACAAUCAGCGCUCACCAACAGGGUGCUUUCCAGCCCCUCCAGAAAAGAACCUUUUUCUACUCCGUCAGACCAGCCACCCAAAAGCCAACAGCAAAGAGGCAGGGUGGAGACUUCAUCUAAGGGCAGGAGCUGUUCCUUCCACCUCCAAAGCAGUUCCGUUCUGGUGAAGAACAUCUUCCGGCCCGCUCAAAAGCUCUAAGCUAAAUCAGGUCCUAGCUGACAAGAGCAUUGGUCUUCCCACCAGUGUGAGCCCUCUCCCAUCUCCAGUUUGUAACUAGAUGCCUCUGCAAGGGCAUCAGCUCCAUUCUCCUUUAAGUAUUUUUUAAAGGAUGUUGUGAUGAGGGGAAAUGGGGAUCCAAGUCAGAUAUCCUGAGGAAUCCCACCCAUACUUGCCUCCAGGUCAUUGUGGGCACAUCCCAGCCACCUCUUCCAAUUUGCACUAUUUUCAAACGGUGCUGGGCAUGUGGUGAUGACCACAGGAAUGGCCACUGUUGUUCAAAUUCAUCCCCCCCCGGUGUGUUUUUUGCUUUUGUUUCUUCUUUUUCUUUCCCCCCUUUUUGAAAAAUACCUGCCCCACAGAUGAGUUGGAUGCUUGAAGUAAAGAGGAAGGGGGGAGCGGGGAGAGAAAUUACAGCAUCUUUUCAAGAUUUCAUCCUUUGGUUUGUUUCGUUUCACGUAAACAGAUAUACCUGGCUCCACAUUGUGUGUGUGUGUGAAUGUGAUGUAGGGGUUUGGUGUGUGGGUUUGUUUUUUUAAUUCGUUCAACAGAAAACUACUGGAAACUGACAAGAGCAGCACAUGGAAACCAGGCAGCUUCUCAUCAUGGCAGCUUUGGCACUAAUUAAGGAGUAGCUAGAAAAUGGAAUGACGCUUGACAUUUCCCCCACCCUUUCAGCAGAGCGUUCACAGACAGAAAUCCCCAUCAACAUUAUGCACUUACUGCUUGGACAGCAGACUCAUCUUGGAAAGGCAUCCAGGCCAGCACUUCUGCCACAUUCCAGUUCAGUUUUGUCCUUCACUGUCAUUUUGGUGUGGAUCUUCUUGGCUCUUGUCCAACUGCCCAACUGUGGCCUUGGAUCGCUGGUGUUUUGUUUUGUUUUAAAUUGUCUGUAUUUUAAGAAAGCAAUUGCACAGAUCAACUGUUUGAUUCAGAGUUGGAAGUCGGGGGAGGACCACAUCCAGCCCCUGUAAACAACUGGUUGGUGUUGUCCUCAGACUCCUGUUGGGAAUCCGUGGUGCCACCAGGCAGCUGGAUUGGGGAAACAGAUGCCCAGCCAGCACCUGCAGAGUUCCUCAUCCAACCAUGCCAGUGGACUUUUGCCCUUCUAACUGGUUUGCGGUGAUAUAUUCUUCCCAGCCAUACUAACUUUCCUCUUCCUGGAAUUGCAGGUUUGACUUUUUAAAGUUUCCUGCCAAUAAAUGCUGGAUUUGCACAAUUGUUACCCACAUACCCACGGACUCCCAACUAAAUCUGAUUCAAUAUGCAGGGGGAGGCAGGAGGGAAGUACCUUGAGGUGGGUUCCUGAAGUGGCCACGUUGAACUUCCCCUAAAAGAAGGCAAGUUGAAGAAGCACACAGGUGAAAAUAGGCAGAUGUGAAGGGGCAAGUUCACAGUCGGGAAUGGUUUGGAGAAGAAAGGGACUCUGUAAGCAGAGGAGGGAAGGGUCAGGGCAUUGGCUGGGCAGGAAGGCAGCACAAGGCUUCGUGCAUAAUGGUCGGGAGAGACAGACCUGUACCUCUCUAGUGAUGGCACAACUACACAACAGUACAAGAAAAAAACAUGAUUCCCAUCCCCUGGUCCCACUCCUAACACUGAGAGGUGGGGGCAUAGCUGCCAAGUUAUCCCUUAUUUUAAGGGAUUUUCCCUUAUGCUGAAUAGGCUUCCUCGCGAGAAAAGGGAAAACUUGGCAGCUAUGGGUG